AGCUAGUACAUCAGCAGCACGUUAGAUGGCCCAAAGGGUAUAUUGACAUUUUAUUCAUAAACAUCGAUGUUUGGCACGAAAAAAUCGAUGUUUUCUAGCUAAACAUCGAUGUUUAUUCAACAUCGAUGAAUAUCGAGCAUCCCUAAUGCAUGACACUGACAGACGGAGACGGCUCCUCGUGUUUUUGUUUUGCCCAUUUUUCCAGUUAUAUUAUUUUCUCCAUUAGCAUAUAUUUAUGUCUCAAUGAUUUUCUGAGUAAAUCCUAUUGUAUACAUUCAAUUUCAUCAACAUUAUUAUUAGAUAAAAUACAUUCGAGACUAUAACAUAUUAUAUAUCUCAAACUUCCUUUAAAUCAUAAUAAUGAUUUCUGAUGAAAAUGUGCUAUCGUUUUUAGAUUUACUUGAUUUGGACGAAGAGUUAAUUGAUUCGCGUCUUAAAUCCAUUAUGUCUCGAAGGGAAAUUUCUGAUAAACAUUUAGUAAGUGCAAUACAUCUCCUACAGUACAAACAAUUGGUAAAUCUGCAGGAAAACAGUGAAUGCGACAAUGAAGAAGAAUACGAAUUUUGUACAAAACUCGUUAGAGAAGUAAACGUAAGCAACAUUGAAAAUGUUUGUAAAAUAAUUACUAUAGCUCUCGGUUUAAAUAGCAGCACACUAGUAAACAAAUGUGAACAUUUUAUUCAACAAAUUCUAUCUGAAUUGCCUCCAAAAGAUGAGCCUGAUGAUACUAGAGCAAUAUUGAUACUUAAAGUAACCGAUAGUAUACUUCACGCUGUGUCAAAUUGUAGUACAAAAUUGUUUUUGCCACUUUUAGAAAUACCUGUGAAAAACAUUUUAUGUAGUUCAAAUGAAAAUAUGAAAAUACAAUUUCUCAGCAGUACAGUACCUAAAAUGUUUGCAGCCGUGACUGGUUUUAACAUACUGGAUUCAAUAUGGGAUUUUGUCAAGCAUUUACAUGAUGAUAACAGAUCAAUUGCAUUGAAAGUAUUGAGUUCACUUUCAGAUUACUAUUUGCCUACACCAGAUAAUAGUGGAGUUGUUUUGUUUGAAUCAAAGAUAGUGCUACAGGCAGAAUUUUGGCAAACUAUCCUAUAUGGAUUAUUGUCAACAGACUUGUUGUUAAGAAAAUUAUCUAUUUAUCUAGCUAAAAGGGCAUUAGAUUGUGUGUUAGCAAUGAAGAAAGAUGUUCUGGUUGAACACAAUGGUAACAUUAUAUUUCAAUGGAUACAUGCUGAAAGCAAUUCUCUAAAAACAAUGUGGGAUAAUUAUUUUAUUCUUAUUGAUAGCUUGGAGGAGAAGCAAAGUAACAUUGUUUUGCCAUCAUUAAAUUUAUUUCCAUCCUUAAAGGCCAUGGGCCACUGGUUGAAUUGUGCAUUCAAUAUAGGGCUGAAACAUGACAAUAUUCAAGUUAGAUUGAAAUGUAUAAAUCAUAGACUGGAAAUAAAACUGAACAGUAAGACUGAAGCUAUUGUGUUACUGGAAGCUCUUAAUUAUAUUAAUAUUUAUGAUAACACUCAUGAGGUUGAGGCUUUGAAAAAGAAAUUUAGUAUGUUUGUAAAGGACAAAGACAUACUAUUGUACAUAAUUGCAUCAAUACCGAUGCUCCAAUGGUCACCUGUACCACUUUACCAUUUGAGUUGUAUUCUGAGCGAUGAGGACCUUAAAAAUAAAAUCACAUUGGCAGGAGAGCAUAUUGUACCAAUAAUAUUGGAUAUAUUAAAAAUUCCAUGCAACAAUGUACCUCUAAGAAAAGCUAUACAUAUAAAUAUUGCUUAUUUUGUUGGAAACUGCUGUUCAGGACUCCACUGGAGAGAAUAUGCCAAUAUUUAUUUGUGUUUACAAAUGGAUUUAUCCAAUACUUCUAUUGAUAAAAAUCCAUUUCUAAAUUUAAUAAAAAAGAUGAUAAAUGAAGAUGGAAUCUUUUUUGACUUUAUACAACAAUCAUAUUUGAAUAUAGAUUUUGGUCUGUUUUACCUUCAACAGCACAAAGAAGAAUUACCAAUAUAUAUUGACAUCUUACAUGAAAAGAUUAAGAAAAUUGAUAAUAUUACGAAUCGGCACUAUUCAGAUAAAAGAGAAUGCCUUGAUGAUGUAAUUUAUCUAAACCAACUGAUUUGCAAAACUGAUAAUAAAAAUCAUGACAAUGUAAUAAAUAUAAGAGAGACAAUAAAUACAAUAAUUUCUUCAAAUUUUAAAACUAUUUUAUUAUAUAUUUCAAGUUUACUUGUUAACAAUACUAUAUUGACCAUAGAAGAAAUAGCUCUUAUUAGUGAUGGUUUACAUUCAAUAUUUAAUGCAAGAAACAUUGAACAAAUCAAAGAAGCAAUGUUACAACUAUAUAAGAUGUCAGUACUGUUUACAAAGGAUAAAAAUGUAGCUUUGGAAAGUGUUAUUUUAAGUUUGCACAUAAUACAUGGUUUAACAAAUAAUUCAGUAUUGCUCUCAAUUCCUGAACAAGAGAGGUUAAAUGUACAAGAUGUGUUAAAAAUUGCUGCAAAUUUUGAAAGUAAGCAAAGUAUAGGGAGGCUUAGAAAUAUGUUUUAUGAAAAAUCUUGUGAAAUAGUAUUUGAAAUGCUCAAUCAAAAGUAUUGCUGUACAGAUACACAUACAGACUCUAUAUUGGAGUAUAUUCAAGUUGUUCUAGAUUGUGGUGGUUAUGGAUGUCUACAAUUAUGUUUGAAAAUAAUUAAUAAGAUGUUACCAUUUGUGCUUAUGAGAACAGAUACAAAAUUCAACAUGGAGCAAUUCAUAUGUAGAAUGUGGAAGGAAAUAGAGGAAUUGAAAUCAAACAACCAAUAUACACCAUGCAUCAGAGAAUUUAUCAAUUUGAUCACACAUGAGCACCUGUUAAGGUUACCAACCUUCAACAAUAUAGUUCUGCUCUAUUGUAAAAAAAUUGUAGAUUAUGGUCCUGUGAAAGUAACACCUCUGUUUUAUUUAAUAAGUAAACUUAACAGUACAGUUCUUACAGUAGAUCAUGGCCAUGUUAUUUAUAUUCUCUGUGAUAUUUUAAUGUUCUCACCAGUACCACGAAAAGACCAAAGGAUUAUUGAAAAUCUUCUGGUGAAAAUAUUGAAAGAGGCCAAAUAUGGUUUUGACCAAACUUACCUAGGUACUCAUUUCAACUUUGAAGUUAAUUAUUGCUCUGUACUCAUAUUAUCCAAGAUUAAAGACACUGAAAUUCUUUGCACAAUUGAAAAAUUCAUUAAAAACAAAAUAGAUGAAUCAUUCAAAAACAAGCAAAGGUAUCAUGGUCACUCUCAGGGACACAGACUGCUGCUGACAGGGUUGCAACAUCUGCUUCUCAUAUCAUUAAUGAAAGUCAACAACAGUGGAACAAGAACGGACCCAACAGAAGAUAUGAACUGGUGUAUAGAGCUCCUAAAAAAAUUACCUCAUCAAAUCAGUGUUAGAAUAUGUCUGGAAUGGUAUAUUGCAUUGCAUUUGGUUAAAAUGAAAAUCAGUUUAAAUGAAGAGUUAUUAGAAAGUUUUAAUGACAUCCCCCUCAUAUCACAGCUUUUCGUACUGUAUUGGACAGCGAAACGCAUAAUUUUGAGUGAAAAAGACGACGCAUCAGGACAAUUCGAGUUUGUUAUGGAUUUUCUAUUAUGUCAUACAAUGGGCCCGAUGUUCAAUACAAGACUGCAUGCACAAUAUUUAGCUACUAAACUUAAUGAAGUAUCGCAUAUUAUUAUACCAAAAUACCCGUUCAUCAUGACUUUAAUAGAAAGAACAUUUAAAGAAGGCGAAAAUGACAAAAAUUAUGUAAAGAUAAAGGAUGAUUAUUUUAUUAACAAUUUUGAUAUCAUUCAGGAUUUAACACCGAGUUUUAUUUACUAUUUCCUGCCGAAAUAUUGCGAAAUUAACAACGAGUUUAUCGACAUAGAUUAUGUUAGAAGUACUUUCAAUGCAGUAAAUUCAAAUAUAUCUGAUAAUAUGCUAAGCACUGAUUUUCAUAAAGAAUGGGUCGAUUUUCACCGAACCGAUGAUGAAAUAUUUUCUCUAAACAUUUGCAAUGAAGAAGGAGGUAAACUCUAUGAAGGUAUUGAAGCAUCCGGAACCAUCCAAAAGAAAUAUGUUCCCUGGAAAAAUAUGAGUGAUGUUUAUGUGUAUGAAGCAGAAAGAAAGGUUGCUAUGAUUUUCGGUGUAGAUGGCGCAUGUCGAGGUAAGGAAUUACUGAAUAUAUCAAUUGAAGAUAUACAAAAGCACUCUGAUCAACUACUACUAGUAACAUUAAAUAGUACAAAAACAAAAAGAUCUUUUGUAGUGCGCAAUGAACGAGUAAAGUACGUCGAGAAAUAUAUGGCCUUACGCCCCUCCGAUGUCAAAACAAAUAGGUUUUUCUUGCACUAUCUUAACGGGAAGUGCACCAGGCAGGUGAUAGGCAAGAAUAAAAUUGGUACGAUGCCAAGGGAAAUAGCGACUUAUUUGAAACUACCAAAUCCUGAGCUGUAUACGGGACACUGUUUCCGCAGAACAUCCGCUGCGCUGUCGAUCUUAAUAGAUCCUAAUAGAAAACCUUCAGAUAUUGAGCCUUGUACUACGAGAGAAGUAUUCAUAGAAGAUCCUCUGCAUCACGAUAUUAAGAUGGAAGUGGUCAGCUGUGCUGUUGAUCCUUGGACAUCAUCUCAACUGCGCCCGUCGACGUCGAAAGGUGAAACUGACGAAUGCCUGACAUCAGCUCCGCAUACCGAAGUUACUACUUUGCUAAAGCAUAGCAUACUGAUUAAACGAGAAACUGAAUCAGAUUCUGAAUAUAUAACGGAUUCACAAGAAAACCCAUAUACCGAAGCUGUGCUCGAUAUUAAGAAAGAAAACAAAAGUGAGCUGAUCGUAGUGGCGUCGCUAAUAGAUAAACUCCCGAACUUGGGUGGGAUGGCUAGGACAAGCGAAGUAUUUGGCGUGAAGACAUAUGUCGUGGACAGUUUGCGUCAUUUGCAGGACAAGCAAUUCCAGAGUUUAAGUGUGUCAGCUGAGCGAUGGAUUAAUGUGGAAGAGGUACGGCCAGGGCAGGCUUUAAAACAAUAUUUAAUCGCAAAGAAGUCUGAAGGUUAUUGCGUCGUGGCAGCUGAACAAACGUCCACUAGCGUUAAACUGCAAAACUUCCAAUUCCCAAUGAAGACUUUAUUGUUGCUUGGGCAUGAAAAGGAAGGAAUACCAUGCGACUUGCUCCCCAUCAUGGACUACUGUGUAGAAAUACCUCAACAAGGUUUUGUGAGAUCACUGAACGUACAUGUCACAGCAGCAAUUUUUAUCUGGGAAUAUACUAGACAGAAUAUUUUAUAAUUCCCAAAACCAUUUUUAAAUAAAAGUAAUACAUAAACUAAUCAGUAUUUAAUUCAGAUUUGCAGAAAAACUUAACAGUUCUCGGUAAUAAUGUAACUUUUAUGGGUUUCAAUUCAAAUUCUUCAUUGUCUAUCUCAAUCAGGACUUCAUUUGUAGUUUCGUUAGGAAUCAGCUCGACAGUUCUUGCUGGAAUUACGUCCAAUUUGUUUGACUUCCUCUUUAAGCGAUUCCAACCUUCUGACACAAACUCUGUGUAUGAAUAUCCAUUUUUGCCAAGCAUAAUAUUUAAUGAUGGUUGAUAGAACUGAUUUCGUAUGUUAUUUGUUUCUAUUUUGAAUUCACAUGUUUUAAUGCAUAACUCCUGUGAUGUUGAACAUUCAGGGUUCAAAACUUUUGAUUGAUCAUAUUCUUGUACUGUUUCUGUCCUUGGCAUGAAAAACAACCAUUUCCUUUUUACUUCUUGUUUCCUUUGUACACAGUUACUGCAACCAGCACAUGGUGGUGAGUAUUUGAUUAUACCACUGCAGUUCCAUGUCAGAGAUUGUUUAUAUCCAUUGAAUAGGAAUGAUGCAUAUUCUCUUAAUGAUCCACAGAACCAGUACUUAUCUCUUUUAGAUAAUACAUCUCUAAAAACUCCCCAUUCUAAACAAGAUAAAGCAUAAAUUGGUCUGUUUGGCUCCUCAUCUUCUUUAGGGACAGGUUCAAUUUUCAUUGCAUCUUUCCAAACAGUAUUGCCUUCAAUGAUAGCCAUGCAAGCCUCAAUGAGCUGCUUGACUUUGUCAACUCCCUUUCCAUCCGGAAACAUUGAGUUUCCAAAUGUAUUUGUGCGACCGAGUGGCAGAAUUCCAACUGGAAACUGAUUUGCACCAUCAUUUCUUCGUAAAAGACCUGUAAUUUGUUAAUUAUAUACAAUGUUCUUUUUAUUGCCAUUUUGUACUGUUAGUAUAACACAACUACUUUACUGACAUAUUUUAGUAAAAUUUCAAUAAAAAAUAUAGACAAGCAAAGAUCAUAUUUUUUACACUUCAUUACUUAUUAAAUAUUUAUCUGAAGAACUCACUAAAUUGUAAGUAUUUUAAAUUUAACUUACUCAUUACUACUCUUAAUGAAAAAUGCUUAAAAUUCCACUAGGCACAGGUACUCAGAAAUGGGACUCAAACCCACAACCCUUUGGAAUCCAGGUGCCCAGAAUUAAGAAUAGUUUCCAGUAUAGUAAAUUAAUCAAAUAUAAUAAUUACCUGUUACUGUUUCCGACAAGGUUCCAUCUCCACCGGCAACUAUAAUAGCUUCAGUACCACGCAGAUUUUCAGCUAUUUCCUUAGCAUUUCCUUCUGAAGCUGUCUGAACAACAUCAACUUGUAAACCAGCUAAAUGAAGAAGAGGCUCACAGUACUUCUCAAAGUCUUUCUUGGCCUUUCUUUUGUUUGCUACUGGGUUUAGAAUGACAGUGACUAAAGUAGGAUUUCUAUCCAUGGGUAUGAGAGAGUCUCCAUAUUUAGCAGCCUCUUUACAAGCUGCAUGCAUCAAAAUAUUAAUUCUGAAUAAAAAAGCAGUAUUUGAGUUAUUACACACAAAACAAUUUAACCUAACAAUUAAAUAAAGAGCAAAGUCAACUGAUUAAUGUGAAACUGUUUCCAAGACCCAAUUAGUAGAAAUAACCCUUCAAAAACUUACUCAUAUUUUUCUUUCGCUUUAAUAACUCCGUAAGACAGAGCAAUUACACCAACUACUGAUUUUUUCCAAUUGUUACGUAUUGUUUUACUAAGUUUUAUAACUUUCUCCAUUAUAGCAGCUUUUUACUAUCCAGAAUAGAACGGAAGUUUUAAUACAACAUCUCAGUAUUUCAUAACCAUUACAUACAUUUUAGAAAUAUUUUAUUUAGAGGUUAUUUAUUAUUUUAUACCACUACUACCAAAAACGAGUCCAAUAAUGUAUUCAA